CUCGGAACCCCGAGUAUUUCACCUUUUUUUCCUUUCAAACUUCAAACAGCCGAACUCCAGAUUUUUAGAUUUCCACUUCUUCUUAAUACGAGACUCUCUUAAUACUUACAUUUUAAUACUUGCCAUGUAUAUGCGCUAACCCUCUCUUUUCAAUAUCACAUAUCACUCAUCCAGAAUUCAUGAAUCAAAUCAAUUGGCCGGAUAAAAAUAUAAAAAUAGUCACUGAGUAUGUCCGAGAAGAAUGGCGUCGCAAAGGAUACUUCGCUACCUCUCGGCGUAAUUCGAGAUCGAACCGAGUCUUCUUCUCUUAUCUCCUCCGUGCUAAAGAUCGUCGACGCUCGCAUUGCCAGCACGGAGAAUUGGCUCAAGCGCAUCGAAUGCCUUUAUGUGGCCAAGGACAAUGAGGAACCCAGCGGCAAGCGGAGACGCGUAGAGCAUGGCAGUGUAGCCGCCGACUCCUCGGAGCUUCUGAGGAGAAGGUACAUUAAUCUUAUGGACGCUAACAAGGAACGCUAUAUUAAAGAGAGACCAUAUGUCGCUGUCUCUUAUACCUGGCAAGCCUCAAAAGAAGAAGAGGCAGAAGAGGAAGCAAAAAAAGAACCGGCAAGGCGCUACCUUGUCGAGUCUCGUAAUGCCGGCGAGCCUGCUCUGGCUAAUAAGGUGAGGCCUAUGAUCUGGGACCGAGUACUGAACUACGCCGAGCACGUGGGCUGCAAGUACAUCUGGAUCGACAAGGAGUGUAUCGAUCAGGAGAACGAGGCGGAGAAAGAAGCAGCCAUACAAAGUAUGCACCUGGUGUAUAAAUUAAGCGAGUGGCCAAUUGCCCUCCUCACGCGUAGGAUCAAGACUACAGAAGAGCUCGAUCUUCUUACCAAUCUAAUGUGUAACGACGUCGCCCCCGAAGAUGAACCAGCCGUGUUAUAUCUUCUAGAUGACAUUACAUCUGACCUGUGGUGGACGAGAGCCUGGACGUUCCAGGAAGACUAUAGAGCUUCUACCCGAAUGACGCUGCUUCUCCCGCACCACUGGAGCUUAGAAAGGCGUAAACGAGCUAUGGUAGACGACUCUGGUCGGUACAUUCUUGGUAAGGUCGAAGGCGAGAUUUGUAUAAAAUCUGUGGACUUCAGGGAACGAGCUACCGAGUUCUGCCUCUCGUACCGGGAGAGAUCAGACAACGUGGAUAUCUGUAACAGGAUCAUUAAGAGGGCCGCAAAGUAUAAUGUUCUCCUCAACGACAAGUCUUCGGAGUACUCAGCAUCGCGUUCCAUGUCUCCGACAAUCCUUUCAGACAUUCUUUCGCGCAGCAUUCAGAAAGAAUCCGACCGCCUUGCUAUCAUGGCUAACUGCUGCGAGUAUGGUACUCGUAUCAACACAAACUAUCUCAAUAACAAUGGAAUUAGCCUCAGCUUAUCGAUCCUUGCCCAAUAUCUUCUAAAUGGCGAAAUCAUAGAGAACAACCCGAAACGGCCCAUCCUGGGUACACUUAAACACAACAUCCACGAAUACCUAUCUAAACAAUCACUUAGUAACUUUCGCCCUCCCGUCCAGCAAGGCCUUAAGUUCAUCAAGGGCUGUCGCUUUAUGGACCCGCGACUGACUCUGGAGGGAGCAUUAACCAGAGGCCACCUUUGGAAGCUGGGCAAAGUCAUACGCCGGAAACCAAUGAAAGUAUACGGUGCCUCUUACACGGAUAUCGCAACCGAGCUGAUUAGACACGCGUACGACCGCAGCCGCUCUUCAUACCGCGGGGCGUUGUGGCUUGAUUGUAUGGCGGGCGAAGUCGAGGAAGCCCUGAUGCAAGGAAAAGCUCUUCGACUGGGCUGUCUUGUAGACCCUAGAAAUGGAAUAGAAUACAGCCCUUAUAGUGCUGUCUUCGUAGGGGACAGCCGCGAUGAUUGGAAGGACGAGGAUGAGGAUGAAGACGACAUCAGCUAUGCAUUUACUUCGUACCAAUUCCAUAAGGAAGAUAUGCCAGGGUAUACCGAAAAACACGUAUCGCUAGAGGUCGAGAUCGAGUGGCAGAGGCGCGAAAGAUCCGAGGGACGUUCGUCCUGCACGUUACCGAAUCUAUACAUCAAGCGCUGGCUCAACGGCCUCUGUUUCUUCGAUGGGGUCCCUACAGGGCAAGUCUUGUUUCCCUGGCACCCUACGCUGCUAGAAGAGGCGUAGGGAACCCACUAUUACAUUACUCCGAGCUCGGAUUUACAAGACAUGACACGAGACGAGAUGAGAUGAGAACACGAAACGAGGGUCAUCAAGGCAUCAAUCAAGGAGCGUUGUAUUUUAUUUUUAUUUCAUUUUGUUUAUUUUAUUUUAUCACGUGUACAUAAGAAAGAAACUCCUCAAGUGGAGGAGGGAAUGAGGAACCUGAAUGAACCCUAGAGUAAAUAAAUACGACUGCAAUGAAUAAUAUAGUGCCACUGAAA